AUGGCCGAAAACAGACUGCAGUGCCUUUCACGGCAGUUGCUGCAGAUGGUUGCCAGCCAUCUUGACGACACCGCCUCUAUCAGCAGACUUUGCCGCUCAGGCCGUCAUCUGUACAACGACUUGGAGGAAUAUCUUUACCGUUACGAUGCCGUGUUGGUUUCUAGCGAGAAACGCUGCAAAGCACUACGGGCUACUGUAGCUAAGUCUACUCUCGAUACUGCCACCAGGGUUAGCAUUGCCCGAAAGUCCCUUGAGGCAGGCGCCGACGUCAACUUUUGCGUGAAAGUCUAUUACAGAUUUUCUCGGCCACUGAACCCGCAGCAUUAUCAGCUCGAAUAUAAUGAUCGCGGGAGCAUUCUCAGCGCCGCCGUUGCUCGCGGAUGCCUCCCGCUAGUCAAAGUGCUGGUAAACUUCAAAGCCGACAUUAAUAGACGCACAAAAAAAUAUGGAACCGCUCCUAUUGCAAUUGCAGUUAUCAAGCCAGAGUCUGGCAUCGUGCGCUUUCUGCUCCGCCAGCCUACACUCGACUUGAGUGCCUCGAGGACGGGGUAUUUUGGACAGGGCAGCGCUCUUCACCUUGCUGUUUCACUUAACAAGCUCGACUAUGUCAAAAUGCUUGUGCCCGACGUCGAUUCUCAGGUAGAUAAUGGACCGUGGGAUCCACUACUGUGGUCAGCUGUUGUACAAGACAAUAGCGCCAUGGUGUCAUUCUUGCUCUCUUGCGAAAAACUUGACGUCAAUGCUCUUCGAAGAGAUUGGAAUUAUAGGCUUUGGUCAUUCGGGAAACCGGAACAUACAGUCUUUGCGUACACUUGCGCGCGUGGAUCACUAGAAAUGGUGAAGCUGUUGCACGAUAACAGUAGAGUAGAUGUCGACCUUUGCGGCAAGCUUAACCCCAACGAGCCUGACGAGCUCAACGGGAUCGAAGAUCCCGCCUGGAAAUACACGUUCAACGAUAAAUACAAGCUCGACGAGCUCAGCGAGCUCAACGAGCUCAACGAGCGCAACGAGCUCGAGUACCCGCCUGCCAGAUUCGCCAUGAUGUACGACGGUCAUGGAGAGAUUGUUGAUUUCCUGAUCAAUUCGAGCAAAUGCAAAACGGCAAGAGACUACAUUUUCCGCGCGGCUUGCGCACGAGGAAGAAUUGAGCUGGCGCACAAGGUGGUGAGAUUGGCCGAGGACCGCGACAAGAAGCACGCAAAAAGAUGGAUUGAGCAGGCCGAGCUGCACAACCUACAUUGCGUAGCAAGGUCCAUUCGCGAGAAAUGGGGAGACGCCUAA